AUGGUCAACAAGCGCACUGUCACCGAGCUCGGUCUCUUCGCCGGUCUUAUUGUGUGUGAGUUGUUUUGAAACGGUGAGAGAAGAAAAUAAAUGUUCUUCUUCAGCUAUGCACGUCGCCUACUACACCAUCCAGAAUAAUCCGUCGCUCGUUGCUCCGCAUCAGGUCUGUUUUCAUUCGAGUCUGUCCAGAAAUUAGAAGAGUUUACAUGUUGCGCGCUGAUUGAAAUCCUGUCGAAACAAAUCGCUUUUAGGCUAUUCUGCGGAUGAUGUUCCGUUUUCUUCACGCUUUUUUGCAACGCCGUCUGCUGAUAAAUAAUGACCGUAUACCGCAAUCCGAUGUGAAAAAACCUGAACCUUUUCAAUUCAGCAUUAAAUUUAUGCGCGGUGCGACGCGAUUGUUAGUGUGCGGCAACAAUAUACGCAAUUUAUCGCCAUUCCCAAUUGGUUCUUGCGUUCGAAAGCCAACAUUUCCUGAAACACUCGUUUUUUCCUCCCCCUUCUCUUCUCAAAUAUCAUAUUUUCAGAGACAAGAGCUGUUCUACGUGAGAUGGCUAAAGGAGAAGAUUCCGGCACUGCGGCCGUACGGAGUGAGUGACGACCAGCCACCAAAAACCGACUAA